CAUGUCACCUCCCACUUAUGAAUAUUCAAGAGUCUGUCACACUGCGUGUUCUUACGCGAUGACGCAACGCGACAACUGCGGGUCCCGAUUGCUGCAGCCGCUUGUCAGUGUGACGAAGAUUGGCACUCAGGUCCGCUGUUGUUACACGUGCCUAUAAUGUGUCAGCACUCACAGCAGUAACCACAAUGGCAGCUCCGUCGGUGUCCGUAGAUGAGUAUCAGGAGGGGAACCAGAUGGCAGUAGCUGCACAGUCGGACACAGACCCAGACCAGGGCUUCCCUGAGGGCAGUGUGGCGGUGGCCCCCAGCCCCCCUCCCACCGAGACACAGACGCCCAUGGAUGCAGACAAAGAGUCCAUAUACAGGCACCCCCUGUUCCCUCUCCUGGCGCUGCUCUUUGAGAAGUGCGAGCAGUCCACGCAGGGCUCAGACUGUGUCACCUCCGCCAGCUUCGACGUCGAUAUUGAGAACUUUGUGCGUAGCCAGGAGAAAGAAGGCAAGGCCUUCUUCAGCGAUGACCCCGACGUGGACAGCCUGAUGGUGAAGGCCAUCCAGGUGCUUCGGAUCCACCUGCUGGAGCUGGAGAAGGUGAGCGACCUGUGCAAAGAUUUCUGCAGCCGCUACAUCGCCUGUCUGAAGACCAAGAUGAACAGUGAGACCCUGCUUAGUGGAGAACCUGGCAGUCCCUACUCACCUACACAGACACAGACUUCCAGCUCCUUUACAGGGACUCUGAGCCCCCAGGGCAUCAUGGUUCCUGCAUCAGCCCUCCAGCAAGGCAACGUCACCGUGACAACCGUCAACCCCACACAGGUGGUGGCAGGUAUGUCUCCAUGGCAUACGACUCACGCAGGUGGUACAGUGUACCAGCCUGUCACAGUUGUGACACCACAAGGACAGGUAGUGACACAGGCCAUCUCGCCUGGGACAAUACGCAUCCAGAACACACAGCUUCAGCUGCAGCUGAAUCAGGAUCUGAGCUUCUUUAACCAUGAUGACAGCUCGUCCAAGAACAAGCGGGGAGUCCUGCCCAAACAGGCCACCAACGUCAUGCGCUCCUGGCUCUUCCAGCACAUUGGGCACCCGUACCCCACUGAAGAUGAAAAGAAACAAAUCGCUACCCAGACCAACCUGACUCUGCUGCAGGUCAACAACUGGUUCAUUAAUGCUCGGAGGCGGAUCCUGCAGCCCAUGCUGGACGCCAGCUCCUCGGAGACACCCAAAACCAAGAAGAAGACCCCCCAGAACCGGCCGCUGCAGCGCUUCUGGCCGGACUCCCUCGCGUCGGGCGUAUCCCAGCAGCAGGUUGCCAUGGCCGACGGUACCAUGGUAACGGUGGAUGUGAGCGUUGACGGGCUGCAGACACUGACGUCGGAUGGAGCGACACUGGCAGUGCAGCAGGUGAUGAUGGGGGGGCAGAGUGAGGACGAAUCAGGUGACAGCAUUGAUGAUGACGAGGCGGAGCUGUCCAACACAAACAUGACCGGGCUGGGCCUGGACACCAGCGACUCACUGCAGUAGGACUGUAUACUCAGUUACUCACACACACACACACAUGUACAAGCACACACACACACACACAUACACGCACAGGCACUCAUACACACGCACGCACACACACACACAAACCAUUCUACAGACACACAGCACACGCAGUCAUACACAAUGCCGAGAGCACAAAGGUAGGACAAACAGGAGAAACAUGUUAUUGGUGCACACACACGCAAGCAUGCACGCGCACACACACACACACACCGAGCGCUUUGUGUGUCAGGAGUUUCAUUUCAGAAACUGUUUUAUAUGUAGUUGUAGAAGAGUGCACUUUUUGUAUUAUAUGUUAAGAUACAAAAGAUGAAAAAAAAACAAAAUCAAGGUGUUAAAAAAAACCCUUAAAUAAGUUUUUAAGGUGCGUAAAUAAUCGUUGGACAACCCUCCCUCCCCCCCCCCCCCUUUGGGAUGCCAAUACCUGUACUGAUGUUCUACAGUUAGCAUGCCUGUGUUCGACUAGCUGUGCUCACGUGAAUGAUGGACUUCAGGGCUUAAAACUUCCCAGCCCAGGAGACAAACACAAAAAAAGAAAGUUAUUUUUAUAUAUGAACAUAAAAAAAAUUGUCCCUUUUUUUUUGUUUCUGUUUGUUUUGUGAUGUUUUUGUAAGGAAUAUUUAUGUAUAGAUUCAUUAUUAAAGAGCUGCCCUUUUCAGGGUUUGGUGGCUUUUUCUAAAAAUGGGGAUAAAGAAAAGGAAGACUAAAAAACAUAUUAGCCCAGAAAUCGGUUUUAGCACGAGCAAGCAACAAAAAAAGCCUUAUAACUUUUAUUUUGUUUUGUAAGUAAAACUUUAGGCAAGCACAGGAAUCUUGAAUUGUAACCAGAUUAGAUAUUAGGAUGUUUGAAAAUGAACAUUGUGAUGGAAAUGAAAUGGCAGUCCUUAGCUACCUUCUGUAUCUUAGCAAUGCGUUGGUUCUUGCUUCCUGGUCAUUGUCAUGGAAACAGUUGUGGGCUCCAUGAAGUUAAAACCUUUCCUGGAUGCAGUUGGGAGAGGACUGCAGGGUGUGGUUUAAUUGUAGGAGUGUGAACAGUAGCACACUUGUACUGAUAAUCCCUGUGUGCUCUACCUUCCCAUGUUUCUGUAAUUUACACAGUAAAAAAUAGAAGCCAAAAUUGUGUUGUGUGAACAGAGCAUCUAGUAGGAAAAAGAAGGUCACAUAACAGAGUACUGGUAUAUUUUGCACGUGGUAUUCUUUAUUUAUAUACAUAGGUAUUAUUAAAUUCAUUUGUUUAAAAACUAGAAUGAAAUGAGGUUGUGCCACAUUUUUUUAAACCGAUGUUUCAUAAAAAUCACAAACUGGACUGUCUCUUGUGAUUUUUAGAGCUUCAUGAUCUAGCCAAACCAUAGUGCAGCUGGUCACUUUAAACCUCAGUUUUAUGUGCUGUAUAGAUAAAUUAAAAAACGUUCCAUGUUAUUAACUGUCCUAAAGAACUACUCGAAUGAAGGCCAUAGUUUUUUGUUUUUUUCCUUUGACUUGAUGAAGUGUGCUUUUUUUCUGUCUGGGCUGCUGUUUGUUCUCCUGUUCUGGAGAGGAGUGCGGAGCGGCUGGGUGCUACGGGCGGGGAUCCGCACGGCUUUUUCACAGCGUCCUUACCUCUCUACUUCUGCCUCUUCUCUUUCUUUUUCCUCUUUCUUUUCUCUCUCACCCAUCACUUGCUUUUUGUUUGCCUUUGAACUUCCUAUUUUGGAAUAAAAGCCUAACCCUCA